AUGGAGGGGAACUCCCAAGCCAUGGCCUGUUCCAUCAUGAAGCUGCUCUUCCCAUCGGCCGGUAUGGAGUUGAGAUUCCUCGCCACCCCGAAUGCAGUGGCCCUCCCAGGUAGGUGGCAUUGUGGCAUUGUGGGUCUUCUUCCAGGCAGGUGGAGCUUCUGCUUAGAAGUCCUAAGGCAGGCCGGCCUUCCAGCUGGGGUUAGGCACAUGAGGCUGGGUAUCUUCAGAGGGUCAGGAAGUACACACGCCCAUCCUUCUUCCUGAGUUUCUGAAAUGUGGUGAAACUGUAAAUAUUUUCAAAUGUCUUUUUAUUAAAGAUUUCUUGGUUUACAAAAGUAUGUGCAAUGUUUCUUUUUUCAAGUUACAUUUUCUACAGGUCAGUUUCAUUUGUUUUUUUAAAAUGUAUUUUUAGUAAAGAUUGUCUUGAUUUGCAAAGGUAUGUGCAAUGCCUCUGUCUCGUAUUUCCCCUCCCCCCCACCUAACACAUUUUUCCCCAUUUGUUGAGACAUUAGGAAGAAUAGGGGGAAAGAGGUGGAGGGGGGGGAAAGAUGAGUGGUGGUGGGUUGGGGGUGUUUCUAUUUUACUUAAUAUAUGUGGGGUUUUGUGUCAGCAUUGCUUGUGCAGGUUCUUUGCUGUUCGCUUGUCUUCCUUUGGUGGUGAGAGAGGUUGGGGUUGGCCUCGGGUGUGGCUGUUCAUUUGUGGUUGGCUGUGUUGGUCUUUGUUUUCAUGUGUGAGGGGGUGUUUUGGAUCAGGUUAGCCAUAUUGAUUUGUAUUCUUUUGGUGAAUUUUUGUCGUUGUCUUGUUGGGCUAUGUAUGUGAUAAAGGGGAGCCAUACCGGGGUUAAGGGGUCUUCUUCUAUUUGUCCCCAUGUCAGUUUCAGUUCAUUGGUUAAUUUUUUUAAUAAGGCGGUUUCCCAUACUAUUUGGUAUCAUUGGUCCAUACUUAUUCCUGACAGGUCUCACCAGGUUAUGUUGUUUCUGGCUGCUGAGAAUAGGUGGGUUAUGAGUUCUUCAUGAUUUGAGUGGGCAUUGUUGUCUUGGAAGAUGUUUAGUAGGGCCAGAUCUGGUGUGAUUUCUAAUACUUGCUUAGUUAUUUUACAUAUUUCUCAUAUGGAUUUUGUACAGAAGAGUUGGAUUUGGGGGCAUUCCCAUCACAUGUCGAGGUAUGUGCCUGGGGAGGUGCACCCUCUCCAGAAUUUUGGUGAAUCACCUGGGCUUAUUAGCGCUAAUUUCCUUGGUGUUAGGUACCACCUGUAGGUAAGUUUCAGAGUGAGUGCUUUCCUUUCCUUUGAUAUGCAUUUAAAGCAGGGUUUAGACCAUGUUCUGGUCCACAGAGUGGGGUUAAUCUCAUAGGAGGUUUUUGGGGGUGGUUUUUGAAGGUUGUCAGGGGCCUAGUUGCUGCUGAUUUUACUACUGGAUUGUUUAAGAGGGCAUGCAAUUGGUGGUGUGUUAACCAGGGCAUUUGGGCGUCUUCUAGUUUGUCUUGUAUUUCUUGUGUUGGCAAGGGUUUGCCAUUUUUAUAGAGGUUGGUUAGGCGAUAUAAGCCUUUGGUUUGCCAAGUUUUUAUCUGGAGGUUUUGUGCUGUGUGAUGGAAUAAUGGGUGGUGUGCCAGGGGAAUUACCGUAUUUUUCGCCCUAUAGGACGCACUUUUUCCCCUCCAAAAAUUAAGGGGAAAUGUGUGUGCGUCCUAUGGGGCGAAUGCAGGCUUUCGCUGAAGCCUGGAGAGCGAGAGGCGUGGGUGCUCACUGACACCUCUCGCUCUCCAGGCUCCAGGAAGCUAUCCGCAAGCCUUGCACGCCCGGGGGGAGUUCCUCCGGGCGCGCAAGGCUUGCAGGCGGCAGCCUGCAGCGCGGAGCACGGGGCGCCCUCCGGAGGACGCCCUGUGCUUUGCACAGGUGUCAGCAAGUCUUGCGCACCCGGGGUAACACCCCCCCGGGCGCGCACGGCUUGCGGGCGGCAGCUGGCAGCGCGGAGCAUCGGGCGCCCUCCGGAGGAUGCCCCGUGCUUCACGCAGGUGUCCGUAAGCCUUGCGCGCCCGGGGGAACUCCCCCCGGGCAUGCAAGGCUUGCGGGUGGCAGCCUGCAGUGCGGAGCACAGGGCGCCCUUCGGAGGACGCCCUGUGCUUCGCGCAGGUGUCGGCAAGCCUUGCACACCCGGGGGAUCUCCCCCCAGGAGUGCAAGGCUUGCAGGCGGCAGGCGGCAGCCUGCAGCACGGAGCACGGGGCGCCCUUCGGAGGACGCCCUGUGCUUCGCACAGGUGUCCGCAGCCUGCCGCCCGGCGCGUGGGGCGCCCUGUAGCAGAGCGCCCCUCAUAUCGGACAGACAUCGGCCAGCCCCACAAGCUCGGGGGACAGCGGGGAGGCGCAGCGCCGCCAUCCCACUGUUCCCCGACCUGGUUUUUGGGGGGAAAUAAUGGAAAAAUUUUUUUCCUUUAUUUCCCCCCCCCCCACAAAAGUAGGUGUGUCCUAUGGGACGGAGCGUCCUAUGGGACGAAAAAUACGGUAGUGGGGAUCGGGUUGGGGACAGUUUGCCUAUUUCUGCUUUUCAUGCUUUAAGCAUGGUCUCUGUGUACCUGUUAAGUAUUGUGGGAAUUUUCCUUAGUUUGUUUGGAAUUGGGUAUGCUGUGGUGCAGGUAUUUUCAAUUGUGUCUCUCUCCAGGUGCACCCACUGUUUUGUUUCAUCUUCUACUAUAUAUGGGAUUAUGUAGCAUACUUGGCUGGCAAUGUAUGUUGGGGAUUCUCCAUCCUCCCUCUGUGGAGGGGAGGUGCAGGUAUUUGGGGCUUUUUCUUGGUUUUUUGUUUGGAAUAGGUAGGUUAGUUUUGGGAGGCUGAUCAUUUUGAGCAUGGUUAUUUUGUCUGAGGGGACGCGGGUGGCACUGUGGGUUAAACCACAGAGCCUAGGACUUGCCAAUCGGAAGGUCGGCAAUUAGAAUCCCCGUGACGGGGUGAGCUCCCAUUGCUCGGUCCCUGCUCCUGCCAACCUAGCAGUUUGAAAGCACAUCAAAGUGCAAGUAGAUAAAUAGGUAGCACUCCGGCGGGAAGGUAAACGGCGUUUCCAUGUGCUGCUCUGGUUCGCCAGAAGCGGCUUAGUCAUGCUGGCCACAUGACCUGGAAGCUGUACGCUGGCUCCCUCGGCCAGUAAAGCGAGAUGAGCGCUGCAACCCCAGAGUCGGUCACGACUGGACCUAAUGGUCAGGGAUCCCUUUACCCUUUAUCCAUUUUGUCUGAGAGAGUGAAGUUGAUGUUGUUCCAUCUCUUUAGGUCUUUGAUAAUUUGCCACCAACUAGGAGUUGUUGUUGUGGAGGUAUACUUUAUUGAGGUUUCAGGUUCUUUGUACCCCAUAGUAUCUGAACUUGGUGUGGCAAAGUUUUAUCUUGGUGACGUUAGCGAGGUCUUUUUGUGUGUGGGAAGCACAUAGCUUCCGACUAUGCAAAAUUGACCUGUAGGCCCAACACCAUUGCAAAUGUGUUGAGUUCUCUGAUUAAGGAGGUUGCUGUGUUUAUGGGGUCUGGUGCUGUCAUCUGCAAAGAGUCCUAAUUUGUAGGUUUUGCCUUUUAUUUCCACUCCCUUGAUGUCUGUGGCUGCUCGGAUUCAGAUUGCUAAAGGUUCCAGAGCCAGGAUGAAUAAGAAGAGAGACCGUGGGAAUCCUUGUUUUGUGCCUUUUUGGAUUGCUAUGGUAUUAGAGUCCCUGUUGUUAGUCUUCCAUAUUGCUGAGGCUUGGGAGUAUAUUUGAUUGAGGAUUUGCAGGAAGUUGGGGCCAAAUUUCACGUUAGUACUGCUAAUAGGUAUUUCCACUCUAAGCAAUCCAAAGCAUUGAGGAUGUUUAGGGACAUAAUUGUCAGUGGGUGUUUAGUUGCCGUGCUGUGUUCAAUCACGUUCAGUAGUUUCCUGAUGGGGCCUGUUAUAUUGCAACCAGGGACAAAGCCAGUCUGGUCUGGGGAAAAUUUUUGUGUAGGAAAAUUUUUAGCCAGUUGGCCAAGUUUGAUGUGAAUAUAUUGUCGUCUUGGUUUAUUAAUGAGACUGGGUGGUGUGAUUCUACUUUGAGGCUGUCUUUCAGUGGUUUUGGGAUGGAGACUGUUUUGGAGUAGGUCCAGGAUUUGGGGAAGGGCCCACCCUUUAUGAUAUUAUUGAAUAGGUGGGUCAUGUUAGGCAUCAGGGGUUCUUUUAAUUUCCUAUAGAAUUCUUCUGUAAAGCCAUCUGGGCCUGGAGCUUUGUGUGGCUUCAGGUUUUUGAGGACCAUAUCUAUUUCCUCUUGGGUGAUAGGACUGUCUAUGAAUUCCUGUUCCUCAUAAGUUAAGGUAGGCAUGCUCAGUCCUGGUGUUUAUAUAUGAAGUGAUGCGUUUUCCUUUGAUGAGGUUUCCCAAUUUAUGCCAUACAGACAUAAUUACAUGCAAUGUAAUUGCUUUUAAGCUAGCUAUCUUGCUUAUCUUGGUGAUUCCCUGCCAACCCGUCCGGAUUGCCCUGUGUCUCUCACCUUGUAUUAUCUAUCGAACCAAUGGAGUUGCGCUGUCCUAGAGUUUGGUGGGUGGGGGAGUAGAGGGUUAGAAUUAGAUUUGGGUUAAAGAGUGGGGGGGGGUAGAUUGCAGAAAAUAUCCUAUAUGUAGUCAUAUAAGUUUUUAUUUGGGAUAUCUUGGGCCAUCUGGCAUUUAGCUGUUUGGUCCUAGGUCUCAGCUGGCAUGGAGGGCCUUGUUUUCACAGGACUGUAUUUGCAGGUAUGUAUCCCAAGACACCUGAUGCGCUACGUCUGGAAGAUGGCCUGGUCGAUCAUGGAGCUGCUCUUCCCAUCGCCCAGUAUGGAGUUGAAGUUCCUUGCCACCCAGAAUGCAGUGGCCCUCCAAGGUAGAUGGCAUUGUGGGUCUUCUUCCAGGAGGGUGAAGCUUUUGCUGAGAAGUCCUAAGGCCUUCCAGCUGGGGUUAGUUACAUGAGGCUGGGUAUCUUCAGAGUUUCAGGAAGGACACACACACCCAUCCUUCUUCCUGAGUUUCUGAAAUGUGGUGAAACUGUUAAUAUGUGAGCUUAGCAAAAUGAGUAAUUCCGUUUUAACUAGACCUUCAUCUUAUAACCAACUGUGGACUACUAAAGUGGGCGGGAUGUGGAUUUCCUUUCAAUUCCCCCCAAACAUUUAUUAUAUACUGAUUUGAAAUAAAAAUAUUCAGUCUAGGUCAAAAUCGGUAGAACAUCAUAAAUGUAGAAGCAAUGGCCCAGGGGCCAUACUAUAUAGUAUUACCUGAAAGUCAACUUGAUUUAUUUAUCUGGUUAUCAAAGCAAACACUGCUGUUUUAGUGCAGGAACUCACAUUGUGCGCCCUCUGAAUUAAGGGGGGGUUUGACCUGUUUCUGGUUCAGUAAUGUGAACAGGUCUAGUGUGUGUCCAUGUCUUACUAAACACAUAACAAUCUGCUGUACAAAUUAAUUGAAACAAUGAAUUUCGUACAAUAGUUUAUUGUACAAAACUCACACAGAGAUGUACAAAACUCACAGACAUGUACAUUAUUAACGGAUAUGACCUCCGCUAUUUUUAAGCAGCAUUUGAACACAGUUUGGCAUGGAGUCUACUCAUUUCGAACAGUUACUGUUGAUUUUCGGAUCCCUGUACCACACUUGAAUCAGCACCUGAAUGAGUUUCUCCAUAGUCAUACAGUCUACAGCACAGAGGUGACUUUUGCAUAUAUCCCACGAAUUCUCAAUGGGAUGUACAUACGGGAAAUUCCCUGGCCAAUCAAGUACCUGUAUUUGCUGCUCUGUCAUGAAUUUCUUCACCACUUUCAAUGUGUGACAGGGGGCUAGGUCCUGCUCCAGUAUCCCAGUACCCUCAGGAGACUUCUUUUCCAGCUCUGGAGUAACUCUCUUUUAUAGUACCAUUGGUGGGACAUAUUUUCAGGAUGGAGCCCUACCAUGACCAACACUUAAAAUUGGCUUGGCACCUUGUGAUUAUACUUCUAUUUGGUAUUUUGAUGUUGCUUAUAUUAAUGUGUAUUUUAUACCGUUAUAUUUAAGUUAAACUUUUGUAUGGAAAAGUGGUGAAAAUUUUUUUUACUCAGAGAGGGAAGGAGGAACAGAUUAGCUAAGCAUGGAAGAGGUAACCGUGUUAGACCAAGGGUGGAGUUUAUGGGCAAUCUAUCCGGAAGACAUUUGUAUUUCGAGGAGUUAGUGAUCUGACAUGGUUACCCUUCCUGCCUUCUCUUCCUUCUCCCUCUCGAUCUCUUGAGCUGUGAAUCAGGAGAUCUGUAAUGCUGGAUGUUUUUAGAUAUGCUGUAAGCCCCCCAGAGUCCCUUUGGAAAGCCAGGCAAAUGGGUGGGUUAUAAAGAUGAUGUUGAUGGUGAUGAUGAUUUAUUUAUACAUAUAGCUGAUGUCCAUACAGAAACUGUGCCAAAACUUGUGAUGUUUAUAUUUUAAAAAGAUGAAUUCUACAAUCACAGUUGCAAGCCCUUUCUUUUUGCAUGGUGCCUAGUCACUGAUCUAAGUGACAGCGGAUGGCUGUAUAGGAGCUACUGCUGGAUCACACUAGGUUGAUGGCAUUCACUGUGCCAUAAACUCAAUAUUUAAAAAAAAAAAAUCCCCCCCUCCAUGUGGGGUGGAAUUUAGUUCACAAGAAUGGUCAAUUUCAAGCCAGUGCUUUUCAUAACUAAGGGGAAAAGUGAAGAGAGAAAUGAGAGCCGGUUUCGGCCUUGUCAGCCCAUUGAACAAGGCACCUACAUAGGUGAAGAGCCACAUCCACACCACAAACUUCAGGGAUUUCACUAAAAACACUUUAAAAAGGAGGCCUAAGAUAUGGCAAUAGCUGCUGGAAAAGUUACAAGUCACUGCACAUUGUCUUUGUCAUUGUCUUUUGUUAGCCAUGUGUUAUCAGGCCAUCAGCUGCAGGGUCAUACACUGAAAAUAUUCUUCUAUGUUCCUAUAUUGGGACAAAAAAAAGAGAGGCACUAGCGGGGAUUCCAAACAAACUACACAGCUAAUAUUAUUGUCCCUUGGUAAAACCAAGUUAGCCCAUGAUUUCUUAAACCAAAAAAGCACUAGAAACCAACAUUUGUAAGGGCAGUACAGAAUUGGCCAAGUGUGAAGGCUGGAGCACUUACAAGUGACGCACACAAAAUGUAAGCCACAAAGAGCAAUGUGAAGGUGUUUCCAUGCGAUGGCUACCUUUGUGCUGCAAGGUAUAAUGUGCAUAUUUUUCUCCAUGGCACGGCAAAGCCUGAGAAAGGCUUGCAGUAUCACAAAAAUGGCUGGUCACCCAAGUUAAAAAAACAACCACCACCAAGCCAGCAGCACCCCCUGUAUGGCAAUUAUGUGUGCCAGUACUCACGAUCCCAUUUCUCAGAAGCAGUCAUAUGAUGAAUACAGUGCAAAGUCUGUGAGGUUUAUGAGGCUUGUGCUGAUCCGCUGCCUAGGUUUUAAGUUGCACCUCACUAGGCGGCAGCCUAUGUAGUUUUCUGCCGCAUUGCCCCUCGUAGACAGCAUGGAAACCAUGUGAUUCAGCUUGAACUGGAUGACAGAGUAGUGGAAUUCCCUCUCCUUGUUCAGCUUGUGGAAAUCAUCUGUCCUGUGGUUGGCAGCAUAGUGUAUGGACCUCAGGGAUGUCAGUGAGCCCAUAGAGCUUGCCCAGGAGCAUUUGGAAGACAGUGAAGAAAGCGACCGAGCGCCAGAUGUGCUGAUCCUCUGCCUAGGCUUUAAGUUGUGUUCUGAGGUGUGUAUCCUCAGAGAAGGUUGAGCAUUUUAAGUGAGACAAAAGUUCUUUGAUGGCAGGGUGUGAAUUGUGGAGGAGAUUAUACAUUUUAGAUAGAUAUUUUCCUUUAGGCUGGAUUAGAGUUCCCUUUACUUUUGAUAUUUCUCCAGCAAACCCUAUUUUCCUUGUCUUUCAUUCAGUUGGAAGUAUUGGAAUCAGCCUGUCAAACAUAUAUGGAUAUAUAUGCCCAAUUUCCCUUCAUGUUUUUCUUCUUAACGGCAAAGGCUUUGAUGGGUGAAAUGCACCAAGGGCUUGUAGGUUCCAGGAGAUAUUUAUAUUUUAUCCAUGGUUUAUAUAAGGUCUGAGUUGUGUGGCUGCAUCUUCUGGUACGGUGUUGGCAAGGGAUUGAAUCUCAGUGCAGAAAAGGAGAAAGGACACUUUUGUUGAGGGGUUUUUAAGCGUUCAUGUUUCUGUACAGACAUCAGCUACAUGAACGCUUCCAAAACCCCUUAACACAGAGAAAGCUAAAACAUUCUGCAGCUUGAUUGCCCCCCAAUGGCAGAACAUUCAGAGUGCUCCUUGCAGGCGUAUCUUAAAGUUUAGUACCAUGGGGCUCCAACCAUUUGUGCCAUAUGACCAAGCAAGGCAUCUUUCCAACUGCAGCAGCCCCAUUUCCUUUGUAAAAGAUGGAAAAAACACAGUUCCAUGGAACAACAGGUUAUGUAGUGUGAAAGAAACAUUGAGGGGGGGGGUGACAGAAACCCUAACAGAAUAAUCAGGAACAGCAAAACAAUAGUCACCACAUCUAAAUACAGCCUAUGGCACAAAACCAUUCAAUUCUUCAUGCCCCUGCUAUUUGCAGAAUCUCCUGAUCCCAGCAGAGCUAAAUCUCUGCUGAGGACUUGUUGCCUCAGUUGGUCGGAAUCCCCCACUGCAGGUACAAGGCAGGGCACACUGAGCAGACCUCCUGGCCACUCAGGGCUUGAGCCCCCUCAGUAUUUCUAGACAGGGUGCUCCAUUCCCCCAAUAUUGAGUGAUCCACAAGAGCCAGAUUCUGGACUUGAAGAAUUCCAAGCACAUUUAUCUUUUUCAUUUUGGCCAAAAUUAUGCCAAUAACCGUAAACUAAAUUUGGCAUCAAUUCUGUCUUCAUUUGGGGAGGUCUUGGAGCUCUUAACCCGCAAGACACCAAAGUCAGCCAUGGAAAUCUUGCCACACGUCAUAGAUUCCAUAGGUCCUCUCCAGUUGUACAGUUGGAGAGAGGGAGGAAAGACCUUGACUGGAGAAAGGAUCAGAUGUAUUCUUCAUGCUUAUUUACUGGUCAGGAGAUUUCUUACUCAAAUCCAACAUUGCAACAGCUUGUGACAAAUGUGGACAGAUCUUUUGUUUGCUCAGAAAAAAGGGCAACACAAAAAACCAACAACUUUGCAUAUAUGCAGCUUGUAUGUAUAUUUUGGAUUAUACUUUUUUAGCAUCAUUUUGAAAGGGGACGUUCAAGAACAUGAAAACUGAGAUUUCUUAGGGCUGUUUUGCCUCAUGGUUUUUGUUGCUGAACUCUAAUAGAGAGAACACAUGUAUACACCCUUUGGACUGUGCCUGAUGAAGCACUGCCGUUCACUUCUCUCCUCUUGAAGCAUAAACUCUGCUGAUGUAUGUUGAGAAACUGCAGCAGAAAUUGCAGUGUAUAUAUAUAUAUAUGUGUGUGUGUGUGUGUAUAUAUAUAUUUAUAUAUUUGAUUUUUUAAAGAAAAACCAGCUUAAGAUUUAUUAUGCAAAAAGCUUGUAUGAAAAGUUUUAUAAAAAAACAACAACACACCAAAGGAAGAAGAAUUUAUGGAUGAAGAAAUCAACCUUCCUGCCAAAAAAGAUACAUGUGUUCUCUCUAUUAGGGUUCAGCAACAAAAGCCAUGAGGCAAAACAGCCCUAAGACACCUCAGUUUUCAUGUUCUUGAAAGUGCCCUCCCCCCAAAAAAAUGAUGUUAAAAAACUAUAAUCCAAAAUAUACAUACAAGCUGCAUAUAUGCAAAGUUGUGGGGUUUUUUGUUGCCCUUUUUUCUGAGCAAACGACAGAUCAGUCCACAUUUGUCACAAGCUGUUGCAAUUUUGGAAGUGUGCAAUUUCAGUAAGAAAUCUCCUGACCAGUAAAUUAGCAUGAAGAAUCUGAGUGUUCGGAGCUUUUUUAAAAAAUAAAAAAUAAUCCGCCCAGUCUCACACACAAACCCCACAAAAUAUCUUCUUGUGCAAAGUUUCUUCUUGUUUAAUACAGCAAUAUGAUAGUUAUUAAAAAGUGGGCUUGCUUUCAACGCCCCCCCUCCCUGGCCUGCAAAUUUUGUUUUCAGGCUGUUGGAAGAGAAUAACAUUGAGGGCAGAAAGUUGUUUCUGGAAGACCAGUCCAGGCAUCAGCAACUGGCUGGCCAGACCCAUGUUCUACAGCUUAUCUGGAAGUGAAUGAUGGUGGUCUCUUCAUUACUGGAUGCACAGAGUUAAUACAUCUGAUCCUUUUCCCGGUCAAGGUCUUUUUUAUCUCUCACCUUCUAUCUUCUGUACAACUGGAGAGGACCUAUGGAAUCUAUGACGUGUUGCAAGAUUUCCACGGCUGACUUUGGUGCCUUGCGUGUUAAGACCCCCAAGACCUCCCCAAGUAAAGACACAAUUGAUGCCAAAUUUAGUUUAAGGUUAUUGGCAUAAUUUUGGCCAGAAUGAAAAAUGAAGAGAAAUGUUCUUGGAAUUCUUCAAGUCCAGAAUCAGGCUCCUGUGGAUCUCUUGCUGGCUGCUACCAGUGGAUGCAAAUGGUUUCUGUUUCUUUUUUUAAUUUUUAUUUCAAAUCAAAAAAAUAUUACAAACGUCAAAUUCAAAAUCCAUAUUUGUUUUCUAACACAAGCUUAUUACAGAGAUUACCUAAAUUAAAAUAUAUCUACUUGCUCUAGGCUUCCCUUUGCUCUACAUAAAUACAGCACAAUUAACAAAUCAUAUUAUAAAUGAUAUUAAAGGUUCCCAUAUACCCCCCACUCCCCUUCACCCAUGUGUGAUCUCAAUAUUUUACUUCUUCCACCUUGUUGUGUUGUUAUAAUUUAAUAAUUAUUCAAUUGCUUCUAUUAUUUUCUUGCUUACCUUCAAGUUUUACACAUUCUCUAUUAAUAUUUCAAUUCCGGGACCAUAUUUUUUCAUGUUUUCCUUCACUCCAUCCCACUUUCUAGUUAUUCUCUGAUUUGAGUGGCCUCUAAUAAUUGCCGUCAAUUUUGACGUUUCUACAAACUCGCCGAGUUUGUUUUGCCAUUCUAAUAGUGAUGGGAUAUUCUGGCAGCUGCUGUUGUGUAAAGGAAUAGAUUUUUCUUGUCUUUGGGAAUGUCAUUAGAUAUUAGGCUGAAAAAUUUCAUGAGGUGAUCUACAGCAGGGUUGGGCAGGAUAAUAGCCCAAAUACCUAGAAACAUCAUCAAUUUCUUUUUAUUUCAAAACAAAAAAAAAAAAUUAAAAAUCAAAAAAAUCAAAGGUCUGCUCAGUGCCCUGCCUUGUACCUUCAGCGUGUGAUUCCGACGAACCGAGGCAACAAGUCCUCAGCAGAGAUUUAGCUCUGCUGGGAUUAGGAGAUUCUGCAAAUAGCAGGAGCAUGAAAAAUUUAAUGGUUUUGCGCCAACACAUUUAGAUGUGUUGAUUAUUGUUUUGGUGUUCCUGAUUAUUCUGUUAGGGGUUCUGCCCCCCCCAAUGUUUCUUUCAAACUACAUUACCUGUCCUCCCCAUCUUUUACAAAGGAAAUGGGGCUGCUGCAGUUGGAAAGAUGCCUUACUUGGUCAUAUGGCACAAAUGGUUGGAGCCCCAUGGUAUUAAAAUUUAAGACACGCCUUCAAGGAGCACUCUGAAUGUUCUGCCAUUUGGGGGCAAUCAAGCUGUUGACCUCCGUUACUGGCAAGUAGGCGGGCGCGGUGUUAGGAGCCAGUGUUGUGAGUGUGGUUGCUUGCUUUGCCUUCUUCUGCCUGUCAGUGACCAUCCGGGAGAGGGUGGGAACGAACCACCCCCAAACCGAGCUGCAGCGGAACGAGGGAAUAAGGUUUGCCAAGGAGAGACGGGACAAGCCAUUCCUUGGACGUCCAUCACCCCACCACCAGUGCUCUUCCAGUAG